GUUCCACGUUGCGUGGCUUCCAGUUGUUUUCGCAGGAGAGACUAUCCCUAAGAGCCCCUGCAGUUCGCUGCGUGCGCAGACGGGAGGAAUGGUUGAUCCAUUCAACUGACUACCGCAGACCGCAAAAUUAUGUCAUUGGGCAUGAUAAGACUCGGGCCGCGCCAGGGCAGCGUCCCAUCGAGCGCCAUCCAACGUCUGCAAGACGCCGCCGCGGCCUACCCGCGCACGCCAUCAUGCUCUUCGAGUUCGAGUUUCAUCUUCGUGUCGCAGUCUACCUCGACGCGGAGCCUAGCCACAACGCCAACCGGUACUCGGCACUUCGCAAAGACUGGGUAUCCCGGACCGCCAGUGGAUCCGCUAGCGAAGUGCAACAGUUGCGUCAUGGAGAAUUUGGUGCGAUCGAGAAGUACGCGUGGACAUGUCCCUGUGGACAAGCGCGAUCUCUUCUUCUCACGCCCUGUCGCGUUUGAGCCAAGUGAUACUGGCCCGCUGACGUCCGACGGGGCGGGGGUGGGUGGUGGCGAGGGGAGUUCGAAUUUGAGCGCAUCUGCAGUACCCCCUGGAGGUUCAUCUGCCGCACUGGAGACAGGUACUACCGUAAGGAGCGAGCACGGUCCUCCUCUCUCCCGUAAGCAAUAUGAACAGUACGCGGUGCAGUGUGCGAUUCCAAUGGUCGGUUUCGGUUUUAUGGACAACACCAUCAUGAUAACGGUCGGGGACGCAAUUGAUGCGCACUUUAGCGCCAUGGUCAGCACCCUGACCGCAGCAGCUUUUGGGCAGUGCUGCAGCGACGUCGCGGGUACAAGCUUUGGUGGGUUUGUCGAUGCUGCUGCCGCGCGGUUGGGUUUGCCCGAUGCGCGUGUCACGCCUGCACAGGUACAGUGCUUUUUUUUAGACAUGAUAAUGGUGCAAAGUUCACGACUUCUCUUUCUCGUGAAGCACAUCACGACGAACAGUUGGUGUAGUGUGGUGAGAGUAGAACGGUGUUUGUGAUUGCAGAGAUGUUGUCGGAUAAAACAAAUACAAAAAAUUGCCUCGAAGGAAUGAUGACUUGCAGUAUUCGGACUAGAGUUUUUGAGCUCCAGUGCGAUGAGAUGCAGACUCUGCUCUUUGUUGUCUGACAUACUUCGAUGGCAUGUUUGUAGAAGGCGUGUUUGAGUAAGUGCCAAAAGCAAUGCGCUUGGAAAGGUGUAGUAACACAUAAGUAUAUUAGAAAUGAAAUUUAAUUUUCAGGCCGACCUCGCACCCGUUCGUCUCGUUCGGACGGUUUCUAUGGGGAUCGGAGUCAUCGCUGGGUGUCUGCUCGGUAUGUUUCCGCUGCUUUUCAUCGACACGAAACGCAAUGAGAGGCGGCGGAAAGCUAAGGAGCUCCGGUAUCUGAAACAUUGCGCUCCUUAAUAUGCGCCUGCCGCGGUCCCUUGCUUUUGGUCUUUACCUUUUCGGACUUCUUUUUGCCAGUCAAGUGUUUUUCCACCGGAUAAGUAUGCAUCAAACAUACACUUUUCAGAACCCUCUUUACAUCGGUGGCAGAUGAAGGCCAGCGCAGUUUGAACGUUGAGCGUUGCUCGCUCUACAUAGAUGAGGAUGGCGACGCGAACUCCAUGUGGGCCCUGGCAAAACGAUGGAGUCCCAGUCAGGCACAGAUCGAUGAUUGCAUCAAGCGGGCACUGGAUGAGCAGUCAGGACUUUUGUCCGUGGAAAAGCUGAACCACUCCUUUCAGCGGAUGCGGUUCAGGAACUGCGAACUCGCGACAAAAGAGGUACACGAAGAUAAAUCCGUCCGUAGUUUCUAAAAAUGCGGUCAGCUUAACUUUUGCUUUCCCGUUUGCAUUUAGCGGCCCGUCACGUGUUGGAUAUCAGCAUGGAUAGAGCGCUGUAUUUCGUGUACUCGAGCAGUCAGCUUUCGUACCGCAUAGGAUCACCAUCUUGCAAUUUACACUGGUCCACAGGCGUACAUCCGCAAGGAGGAGCUGCCCGCACUGCUGAAGCAGAUGCUCGGCACCGAUGCGAGGUACGCGAAGCUGGAGAAGAAGCGGAUAAAGAAGAACGGCACGAAGUACAUCGUGUUGAAGUCCCUUGAUCCGGAAAACGCAAUGCUCAAUCUCGCGGACGUGUACGCAGACGAGAGGUUUGUGGCCAGCCGCAAGUACGGUACCAACGCCUUUACGCGAACCAAGUCACAGAACGCGUGGCGCGCCCAUUCCGUGCUGAUCGGACCCGUGCUUCGAAACGGGAAAAUCGUGGGAUGCAUCGAAAUGAUCAACAAAAAAUCGCACCCGGAUCUCCAGGGCGGCUGCGUCCCGUUUUCGAAAAACGACGUACUGCAGAUUUUUGAUUUAUUUUUUUACUCAAGUUGUAGGUAUCCGUAUCUCUGCCUGCUAGUGCGAUCAGUAGCCCCCUAAGUGUCUAUUGCUACUACCGUUAAACAACGGGGGAUGAUCCACUUGGUCUGCGAUCGAAUUCACUGAUGAUAACCUAAAGUUCAGUUCUGCUUCUGACGAGCAGUGAUGAAUCUUUAAACCAUUUCAUCCUUCAUCGCCCUGAGAAUUCGAUCGCAUAUGAUGCUUUCAAGCACGAAGACGCCCGGGCGGGCGCAACAUACUCUAGGAUCUGGUCGCAGCGUUUUUUAUUUGCGAAAAUCAAAAUGAUGAAACAACUGCGAAUUCCUUACCUAUUUUAGCUGAAGUUGGUGAAGAACAAAAGCUUUGGAGACCUUCUGACGAACGAUAAUUUUUGUUUGCGUGUAGUGCGUGCAAGUGCACGUUCUCGUAAGAAGCUGAUAAUUGAAUCGCAACUUCUUUCGUCCAUCAACAGGAGCGGCUGAUGCGAUUGCUGUGCAACCACUGCAGCAUCUUCUUGAAUCAGCUGGAGACCACUGAUUCUUUGUCGGAGCUGCUCAUGACAGAUGCGAAUCCGGGUGACGAUUAGCCAGUCCGUGGUCCUGCUCAUCCCCUUUUCCUUCCGGCGAAACCUAGGGUUCUUUGGCUCGGUGCGGCACUGAUCGACGACCGUCCGCAGAUUGGUGUCCAAGCCGCUAGCCCGUAUGAUUUUCCAAGUGUGUAUCCAUAGUUAAUAUCAUGAUCUUGCAGCUGUUGUAGUACCUGCGCUUGGUCGUCACCGAAGCCCUACCGGGGCUGAUUCGUUACGCUCAUUUUCAUCGUCCUCAAUACCAGGGAGUAUCGUGGCUACCAAGGAUUGCGCAGCAUUGGGGACUUGUACGACCUAGUACAGCUGUGCACGCCCAAGGACGAUGUCCGUUGCUACUCUUGGGUGCGGAAACGCGACGAAGUACGGCCGUGGGGGAACAUGCGGAAACACGGGAAUACAGUUGGUAGCUGACGUGCACGUGACCUAGGCGAGUCGGAAAGCAGUUCUUACGGAUGUGUCAUGUGAAACAUUUUGGUUUGCCUUUGCACGCAGGGAAACAGGAGUUGAGUCCAAUUCGAAAUCCGUGCGUGUGGGGAAGCAAGGCAACGUUUGUUGUCCAUCCGUCCAUGAUUUUCGUGCUGUUGGAAAAAUCUACUCAGAAACUUAGUGCGCAAAGCCAUAAUAAAAACCAAAUAAUUUUUCAAAUGCACAUCUAGUGAGCCUGUCAGCGCAGAGGCAGCACUGUUCAUUUUGGUCCAUCACCCAUUGAUAUGUAUUCACAC